AGUUUAUUGCAUCACCCACGAAGCAUAGAGCUUCGUUGCAUCACCUGUCAAGUUGUGUCGUCGUCGUGUUAAUGCAACGUGCGAUUUACGAUAAAUAGUGUCUAUCCUACGAUAUAUGCCUACGAUUUAUCGGAUAUAAAAACAAUUUCUAAAUCUUAGAAAAAUAUCAAAAUAAUCUCGAAAGUUUUAGAUGGCGCCCAAAAAUAAAGAAAACAAUUCUGGUAACAAGAAGAAAAAACAAGUUUCUGAAGAAGAAGAUGACGAAGAUUAUAGAAGGCGCCGUGAUAGAAAUAAUCAGGCUGUAAAACGAUCAAGAGUUAAAAGUAAAUUACGCACGCAACAGACUCUUGAACGUGUAAAUCAACUUAAAAGAGAAAAUGAGCUAUUAGAAGAGAAAAUAAAAAUGCUUACGAAAGAAUUGGGGUUCCUUAAGGAUCUUUUCCUUGCUCAUGCUGGUUCCAGUCAACAUUCAAUCAAUUUACAGGAUAUAGAUUUAAAUACUCUCUUGGCGGAAGAUACAAAACCUCUAGACUUGCCUAAAACAACAGCUGAGCUGUAAUUCAACAUUUGUUCCACGUGAAAGAAAUAACGUGGAUUUGAUAGAAAUUGAAGGAAAACUUACUUUAGCUCGUAUCAAGUCCAAAGUUGGAAAUCUUGGAAAGAUGCCAACUUGGAAUCAAUUCCAAAAAUUGUAAGAGCUAAAUAAUCUCAUCUAGCUUGCGCGUCAAGCAGCAUGAUUGAGAAGAUUAGAUAAACGAUAUCAGAUAAAUGUUUCUUUAAAUCUAAGAAGACAUAAGCAUGAUAAAUGGCAUCAUAUGACAACGAGGAGAACCAGAAAGUUGUCGAGAAUAAAAACGACUUGCGCAGGUCUAAUUUAAUUAUAUAAAACUGAAAUGGUAGAGAAAGAAUUUGCUCAAUGAUAUCACAGAGAAAAUGCAAUAAUAUAAUGACCAUGCUUAUAUUAAAUAUAUGCCUUCAAAAUUAUGUAAGAGGUUUGUCCAAAAAGUAUUCGAUUUGCGAGUAUUUCUUUUUAAUGUAUGUUCCCACAAAAAACGAGUAUCAAUCAUUUAGGGACAACUUUUAUGAGUUCGUACCAUCUCAAAAGCACAGCUCUGCUAAUUUUUUCUCAACAAAUUUUGGAUAGAUAGUUAAGUAAGUAUAGUAAACCGAUAACGUCGCAAGAAAAAGCGUAAAUGAACUUACUUUCUAAGUAAUUAACUUUUUAAUUAUGAAUCUCAGCAAUAAGAGAGUUUAGAUAGAAGACUAACAAACAAUCAGGGAUAGUUAAGACCGAGCUUACAAUUAGACCAGAUAUUUUCCCUCUCUUAUUGCUUAUACGCGUGCAUAUACACAUAUAAACACUAUGGACUCCAGUACUAAUAUAUUAUAACAUUGCUCGAAUGAAUCGAGUAACGAAUUUUUAUCUUUAGAAAGUAAAAAACAAGUAUUAUUUUAUUCGUAAGUCGAAUAUUUUCUGGACAGAUCUGACGUCUGUAUAGUCCAAUGUAACGUAAAAUAUUGGGCAAGAAAUUUCUAGAGAUAACAUGGUAGAGGAAAUAAUAAAAAAGUAUUUAAAAUUAUUUUGUUAGAAUAAAUUUAAAAAAUUUUCUAUUUCAAAUUUUAUGAGAUCAUUAGAUUUAUACAAAACAAAAUAAAAGAAACAUUCCAAUAGUAACAUGCCUUCCAUAUGACUUUUUAUUUUAUUAUAAAAAAAAAUAGAAACUGAAUUAUGUAUAUAUUUGUUUGCUUUAGAAAUAUGCGAUUAUAGAAAAAAACUUCAUUUAUACGAACAUUCAAUAAAAAUGAUAUUCUUUCGUGAAAUACAUAUUGAUUGUGCAUAAACGUU